AUGACAGAUGGUGACAAAAAACUCGAGCCUGCAACAAAAGGAAGGACAGGUGGGAGAGGCAAAAAGGCUCCAAAGGGAUUUGGUGAAAAGCUAGAGGUUAUUAAAGAAGGAUGGGAACGAGAUCUUUUUAGGGAUUGGGGAGGGGCAGAGGUGGUAGAAACAGGGAUGAGGGGAAUGAUGGGGGUUAAAGCUGGGGUAACAGAGGGAUGGGAGGAUAAACAAGCGAAGGUGUUAGAGGUAGGGGUUAAUGCUGAGGUAGCAGGUGACAGAAUAGGGGUUUUCAAGGAAGGAGGGGGAUGGGCUACCAAGGCAGUAUCAUUACCAAGAGGGUCUUUAGCAGUCGAGACAGCAGAAGAAGUUGGGAUCUCAGAAUUAUCUUUGCCUUUGUUAGUAGUAGCUGCUGAGCCUUUACUUUUCUUAGUUUUAGGAACUGAAGACUUCGGUGGAGGACCAACAGGGGGUGGAAGCUGCAAGCAAUUCUUGACAAUAUGGCCAAGCUCCUUACAGACUUUAGCAUGUGACACUUUUAGGCUCACAAGGUUUACGGUGAAAUCAUCAGUUUCCUUUGGCUCACCAACUAGUCCAGAGACUAAACUGAUACCUUCUUUGAGGAGGUCUACCAUUAAAGUAGCAUAUGAUGAAAUCUUUAUGGAACUCAGCCCCUCUUUGAAACACUGUAUCAGGAAUGUGAGUAGUAGGGUCCUUGGAACAGAGGCAGACGGAGGCCUACUUGAAGAAGGGGCUCUUAUAAGAGGAGAUUGCCCUGCAGAAGGAGCAGCAGCAGCAGCAGCAUCAGUAGAUGAGGUCGGACCACCAGGAGUGAUAGGAGGGGAGGGAUUAGAGGGGAUAGGGGCAGAGGGUAAUAUAGGAUUGGAGGUUGAUUUUGGUUUAAGUAUAGUGAAAGUUUCAGCUACCUUAUCUUGUAUUGUAGCAGUAAUUCCAGAUCUAGAAGAAUUUGAAACCGCAUCUGGACAAACAGAAAUAGGAGUCUCAACAAGAUGCAUCUCUACAUCAGUAGUAGUUGGAUCAGAAGCAACGACCAACACAGAGCCUACCACUACAGGCUCAAGAACACGAGCAGUUUGCAAUGAAAGCUUUGGGGUCUUGGAGGAACUGGAGGACAGGGAAGGGAACUGGGACAGGGAUAAAAUAGGGGAAGAGGGAUCAGGGGGUCAGGAGGGAGAGGCGGAGGAGGGAUCUGGUUACCACCAGCGGUGGGAAGCAUUGGAUUCAAGGCGGAAGCACGACCAUUCGAGAACCAGCGGUUCUGCAUUGGGAACUGGGACAGAGAGAAAAAAGAAAAAAGAACACACAAUACCAGACAAAAAAACUAUUUAG